AAAGUGCGUUCUGUUUUGGUUUGAUUUAGCAAAUCAUCCGUGUUUCAGUUUAGAAAUCCGUUCAGUUCGCUAUUCUCAAUCGAAAGUUGAAUUAACCAGUGCCAGCCAGCAUGGACGAAAACGUGUGCCGCGAGCUGCUGGCCAACCUGCAGAUCGAGCAGUCCCGUAAGACGGCCCUCACCGAGAUCAAAAAUACGCUCAUUUCCAGCAACGACUCUUCGAUCGCAAGCAGCUUCCUCAAGUCGCCGGAACUGCUCGAGUGUAUGACCGAUUCCAACAGCGAGCAAACCCUGCUGGCCUGCGACAUCCUGUCGAUUUGUAUGAGCAAUCUGUCCAUUGACGAAUCGACGGAGGUUAAGAACGUCAUUGAAAAAUCGUUGAGUCAUGGGAAUGCAAGCGUGCAGGCGUUUGGGCUGCGCGAGUUGCGGCGGGUUUCGUCCUCGGAGGCGUUUGCCAACGAGACGCUGAUUCUGUUGGUCAUCAACUGCCUCGCGUCGGAGGAGACCAGCGUCGGAACGCCUUCGAUAGAUUUGCUGGUGGCGUUGCUGCCCAAGUUUGUCCACAUGCGAAGCGUUCAGGACAAUCUGGAGAAGCUGCUGGGGGCGAACGACAUUGUUCGGUGUCGGUUGUACGAGGUCGCCGUGAAGGUUGGCCGGCAGUCCGGGGAGCUGUUGGACGCGAUGAAGAAGUUCCUUCAGAAGGCCAUCCAAGAGCUGGACGAGGAGGACAUUUUGCUGCAGUUGAGUGUGCUGCAAGUAUUGUCUGAUCUGCCGGUGAAUAACCACGGCAUGGCAUAUUUAGAGAACAACGGAGUGUUUGAUAAGUUGAUGCAAAAGAUUGAACGAUUGGAGGAGGAUCCGUUGGCGACGAUUCUUGUGCCAGGGUUCAUGCGGUUCUACGGCAGUAUUGCAACAAUUCACCCGGCCAGGAUCUACGAUGGCUACCCGAAGAUUAUUACGCUGCUGUUUGAUUGCCUGUUGUCUGAGGAUCUUACCAUUUUGCCAACGGCGUACGAUACUUUGGGAUGCAUCGCGUACCCGAGCGAGGGCAAGCGCCAGCUUCACUACAAGCACGGUGCAGUGCUGAAGAAGACCCUGAAGCACAUCCACGGCGUCAUCCGGAAUCUACCGAACGACAUCAAGCUGCGACUGUUGGGCUGCCUGACGAACCUGUUCGCGGUCGAUGGCGCCUCGGCCGAUAAUCAGAUCACUUCAAUCACCCAAACGUGGUACGGGUACCUCUCCGAGGAGGAAAACCUAAACCUGGUGAUGGACUACAUUCGGAACGCCUUCCCGGACAUCAAGCGGGCCGCCCUAGCUCUGCUCCGGGCGCUCGUUGGUCACCGUUGGGGCCAGCAGUACAUGCUGCAGACGGGAGGUUUCGUCGAGUACUUGCUAGACCGGAAGCAGGAAGCCGACAAGGACGUCAUUCUGGACAAGUACGAGAUCAUUCGGCUGCUGGCCACGUCGAGUGUGUUUGAUCCGCAAACGAGCGCCGAGCUGAAGCAGUACGCCGCCGAAGGUGCGUUCUACGUGCGGGGAAUCACCGAGGUGGCUGUGGAGGGAGCGUCGUAAGGUUAGUGAGCGGGGACUCUUUUUUUUCUCGGUGUUACAGUUGAAGAAAACAAAUAUAUUUGGAACUUCGUCAUAAA